CCUUUAUGUGUGUAAUGCACAUGCAGUAUCAUAUUUCAUCACAGGAACUACGUUUUGGAUUCCUCAAGUUAGAGGAGAAAUAGGGCACCAAUGCCUUACCAUGGCCAGUGUGCUGAGUGCAGUUACCAAUGACAAUGCGAGAAUUCUCAAUGCCUUGAUGAAAGUGCCCCAGUCAGUGAAUCAUCGUGACCUUGAACUUGGCUUUUUACAGGCAGCUAAACUUGGACACAAUGACUGUCUCGAAUGUAUCAUAGCAACUGACAUUGUUGCUAUAGAAACCAAAGAUGGCAACGAAAACACAGCUUUGUAUCUGGCAGUUCAAAACCACCACCCUAAAGCUUUAAAACAGCUGAUCCAGGCAAAGGCAGAUGUCAAUGCAAUUGGAGGGGGAAAUAGUCGGGCAAUCCAUGUUGCGGCACAAUUUGGAUUUGAAGAAUGCAUGAAUAUUCUAAUAAACAACGGUGCUAAGAUCAAUAAUAAAAAUUCCAGUGGCAGUACUCCACUGAUUUUAGCAAGUAAAAAAAAUCACCACACAAUCAUGCAGCUUUUGAUCGCAGCAGGCUGUGAUGUCAACAUCCAAAACAAUGAGGGAUGGUCAGCGCUGCACUACAGCAGUCAUAAAGCAAUGGGUGUGGACAUGUUACUGAGGGCGGGGGCAAACCCCAACGUUGUGGACAAAGACAACAUAACUCCACUCUUGAUGGCCGCCACAGAGGGGUUUGACAAGGUUGUUAAAUCUCUCUGUAAGGCUAACUGUGAUGUCAACAUAGCCAAUGCGUCGGUCAACAAGACAGCUCUUCAUAUCCUUGCUUAUAAAGGUCAUUCAGAAUGUAUCAAUGACCUUGUGAUAGCCGGAGGAGAUAUUAACUUGUAUGACAAACACAAACGCACCCCGUUAUGGUACGCCAUAAAAAAUAAACGCAUUGAAGUGGUAAGGCUUCUUCUGAAGGCCAACUGUCUCGCAGACAGUUUCCAAUGUGCCAGUUUUGUGGACGCGGAAUGCUGUCCUACAUUUUUAGCACUAACAUUAGGUCUGUUCUCCGUCCUCAAACUGUUUAUCAUGACCGGUUACGAUCGCCAUCACCUGAAAACCUACCUGCAUCAUGAGGACAUCAAGGAGAUGUUUGACGACUGGGAGGACAUUGAAGACUGGCUGGAGCAUGCUCAAGAUUCCACCAUGACCUUGAAGCAAAUUUGUCGAAGGUGGAUAAGGCACCAUCUUGGUAUACAGUUUUACCAUGGACUUUCUGAACUCCCCAUCCCAUCUGCUAUGAAGGAUUAUGUGUUAAUGAAAGAACUUGAUGCAGAGUUUGUUUAGACUGAAUAAAAGCAAAGUUGUUCUUAAA